AGUGGCCACCGACUCAUUGUAUAAAGCAAAAUCAGAGUCGGAUUAUAUACGACAAUUUUCCCCCCACCCACGAACAAUAUUCUCCCAGCAAUUCUGCUACUGGGCACAGGGCCCUCCAUACCCUCCUUAAGCAAGCUUUAUUAUUUUAUUUUGUUUUAUAUAAAAAAUCCCACAUUAUUUCACAGUCCCUUCCAUUUUUUAUGAUCUCCCGAACCUUAUACUUAAACUCCCAAACUGACUUUUUUUUUAACUCCUUUUCUCUGUGUUGUUAUAAAAAAUUUUCAUAGUUUUCAUCAGAUUAUUCUUAUAAUAGGGGAGAAGAGAUUUCUGCUUCAUCCAAAAUCUUAAGCCAAAGCUCCAAUCUUUGUUUAAUACCUUGAAACAGUUCUGAAAUUAUCAGAAUACAUUCAGAACCCAUUGUAGGAGGUCAUCAAACAAAAUCAAUUCUUUUCGCUUGCUAUCAAAAUCUGAUGGAUUUAGAUGAUUUCCGAUCAGUUCUUGAAACUGCUGAGGUCGAUAUUUGGACUUUUAUUGACACAGCUAUCCUGGUGGCUUCAUUGGAUUAUGGACAGGAGCUACAGCAACGGAGAGAUAGAAUUGUGGAGAGGCUUUAUGCAACUUCUAUGGUUACUCGAUGUAGAAACUGUGAUUUUGGUGAGAUACCAAAUGAUUUUGAAGUGAAAGCUGAUAUGAGGAGAGAGAGUAACCAUGAAGAUAAAGGAAGAGGUGUGUCACCUAAUACACCACAGUCAGAUAAUGUGGAUGAUGAGUUGGAUCCAUAUGGAGGCUUGUUUGAUGAUGAGCAGAAGAGGAUUCUUGAAAUUAAGGAGCAUCUUGAAGAACCUAAUCAGUCUGAAGAUUCUCUGAUUGAUUUGCUUCAAAGUUUGGCAGACUUGGACAUAACAUUCCAAGCUCUCAAGGAAACUGAUAUUGGGAGGCAUGUGAACAAAUUGAGGAAACAUUCAUCAAAUGACGUAAGGAGAUUAGUAAAGCAACUUGUCAGGAAAUGGAAAGAGAUUGUUGAUGAAUGGGUGAAGUUGAAUCAACCUGGAGAACUAGAAUCCUCUGCACUUAUGGUUGAUGGAGAUUCGCCCCAGCAAAAACUUCCUCAAAAUGGUUACCACCAGGUUCCUGACUUUACGUACUCUCCAAAUCCACACAAUGGGAGUUCUAGCUCAGACAAGAAUAAUUCGGAGCCACAAAGGAAACAGAAGUCAGUCCCCCCUCGAAAAGAAGCUCCAGUUAAACCUACUUACUCAGCCCCUGUUGUACUAAAUAGACAAAGAGAACAAAAGGAAAUCAACUUGGACUCUGAAAGACUGGCUUCAGCCAGAAAAAGGCUUCAAGAAAAUUACAAAGAAGCUGAAAAUGCCAAAAGGCAAAGAACAAUUCAAGUGAUGGACAUUCACGACCUACCUAAACCCAAGAAUGCCUUCUUUGGAAAGAAGAAAAUUGGUAGCUCUCAAGGGAGACAUUGGUGAUUGGUGAGUGAAUUUUUUCUGAAGACAUCACUCCAUCAUGCAUGCCAAAGACUUCUGGUGUCAUAGAGAUAAGCUAUUCAUUUACUCAUGCCAAAGCCUCCUAGGGUUCACCAGAAAACCAGAAGCCGGUGUAUCCUUAAGUGGGCAUUUAGGUGUGGAUAAACUUUUCUAUACAAAAUAAGAUAUUUGGUUUUAGUUUAUUUGUAACUUUUUGACCGGAUGUUUUAAGAAUGCAAAAGCAUUGCUUUUGGGUAACAAGGUUUUUGACUUCUAUUAACAUAUUCAUAACCAACAUUUUUACAACAACAAAAGCCACACGCGAUAGCUCCUUGAUUGUUGACAAGCAAACAGGUCAUUUUGCAUGGAUCAGGUCUACUACAAACGGAAAGCCAUCAGACUUGGUCGGUCGGCUUGGUUACAUUUGUUCUGGACUCACUGUCCUUGCUAACGGAUACCUUGCAUUGAAGACAAUCUCUUCUGUCAUCAGUGAAUCAGCAAUUAGCCUUCUUUCCAUAAACAGCACCAUUAAUCAUCAUCCUCCACCUAGUUUCCUCAGCUCCAUGCCUGUCGUGAAUUCAGGGUUCAUAUAAACCUUUCAUAUUGUCUCCUGAAUCAACAUAAAGCACAUUGUUUCAACCUAGAUUAUUUUCUUCCAACAAUAAACCAAUAUUGUCCCAACCAACAAUAUGCAACAGCCUCCAAAAAUUAGCUUUAAAUUAGAUUAGGAACCUUUCUCAAAAAUUGGAAGAAUGAAUUCUUUUCUAACAUUU